AGGACAGUAGUACCCGUUUUUCAUGGUCGCCUCACAGACGAGUUCGAAGAGCAGGACGAGACAUUUGUAAGGAGAAACGCAGUCUUGCACCUCGCCCUCUUCGUUCCAUGGGAAAGGUUUCAGGCUGGGCCAGCGGACGAUAUACCGGGACUUUGGCGAUCGCUCGAGGGGCAUCUGGGUGCCCGACUCCGCUCACACGUCCAGAACAUCGCUCUGCUACGCGUCUCGGCGGACGAUGCCCGUGCGGAUCGAAAGCUCCAAGGCCUGGAACAGGAAUCCGAGGACGUCGUCGACGGGUUUGACUUUGAUGCCCGGGCGGGGGACGAUGACGGAGUCGGGGUGGAUGUUGAGAGCAUCGAUCCACAGGACCAUUACGAAGCCUUCCUGGAUGUCUUAUCCGCGGUCCGACGUAGCGAAAUCAAGGAUAUG